AUGCUUGGCAGGUCUGGGUACCGGGCGCUGCCUUUGGGGGACUUUGACCGUUUCCAGCAGUCGAACUUCGGCUUCCUGGGCUCGCAGAAGGGCUGCUUGUCCCCGGAGCCGGGCGGCGUGGGGCCGGGGGCCGAUGCACCUCAGAGCUGGCCCUCCUGCUUCUGUCAUGGCCUCAUCAGUUUCCUGGGGUUCUUGCUGCUGCUGAUCACCUUCCCCAUUUCUGGUUGGUUUGCCCUGAAGAUUGUGCCCACCUAUGAGCGCAUGAUCGUGUUUCGACUGGGCCGGAUCCGCACCCCUCAAGGACCUGGUAUGGUUCUCCUCCUGCCCUUCAUCGACUCUUUUCAGAGGGUAGAUCUGAGGACACGAGCCUUCAAUGUUCCUCCCUGCAAGUUGGCCUCUAAGGAUGGGGCAGUGCUAUCCGUGGGGGCUGAUGUCCAGUUCCGCAUCUGGGACCCGGUACUGUCGGUGAUGACAGUGAAGGACCUGAACACGGCCACACGCAUGACCGCCCAGAACGCCAUGACCAAGGCCCUGCUCAGGAGGCCCCUGCGAGAGAUCCAGAUGGAGACGCUCAAGAUCAGCGACCAGCUCCUGCUGGAGAUCAACGAUGUGACCAGGGCCUGGGGGCUGGAGGUGGACCGCGUGGAGCUGGCAGUGGAGGCCGUGCUCCAGCCACCCCAGGACAGCCCAGCGGGGCCCAGCCUAGAUAGCUCCCUGCAGCAGCUGGCCCUCCACCUCCUGGGAAGCAGUGUCACUUCAGGGGCAGGAGCUGCCCGGCUCCCUGGACCAGCAGAUACCUUGGAGAUGGUGAGCGAGGUUGAGCCGUCUGCCCCUCAUGGGGGUGCCAGGUCCAGCCCCAAGCAGCCUGUGGCUGAGGGGCUGCUGACGGCUCUGAAGCCCUUCCUGUCGGAGGCCCUGGUCAGCCAGGUCGGGGCCUGCUACCAGUUCAACGUUGUCCUGCCCAGCGGCCCCCAGAACAUCUACUUCCUGGAUCUCACUGCAGGGCAAGGGAGGGUGGGACGCGGAGUGCCUGAUGUCAUCCCUGACGUGGUGGUGGAGCUGUCCGAGGAGGACCUGCAGGCCCUGUUGUGCAGGGAGCUUCGGCCCCUGGGGGCCUACAUGAGUGGGCGGUUGAAGGUGAAGGGUGACCUGGCCGUGGCCAUGAAGCUGGAGGCUGUCCUCAGGGCCUUGAAGUAG